AUGAAGGUGAAAGUUGAUGACUACAACCUAGUGUAUGAACAAUUUACUCUUCAAAAAAUCUUAAAUCAUCAUACUUUUCUCUAUCAAAAUGCAGACAAUAAUCAAAAGUAGUUUUAUUUCUGCGAAGUCUUUGAUUAUAAUCAGUAUGUAGAAAAUUGCCAUCAAAUUGUCAAACAAAUCAAUCAAAACAAGACUAUUAAAGAGGACUAUGGCGUUGUUUGGCUUAAGAGAUAGAGGUCUGGUGAUUUUGUAAGCUAAUAAAUUGACAGCUACAUGAAUUUAAACUCUGAGUAUGUCCCAGAUUUAAUUAUUAUGGAGAAAUUAAAUGAAUAAACCUAGCUUCAUUACAUGAUCUAUAAUAUUUCUCAUGUGCCUGCAAAGAAAAGUGCAGAGGGGUUUAUGGACACUGAAGAAAUGGAUAAAUUAGUAAAUAAAUUAGAGUUUAGGCAUUAGAAUAAAUCAGGGUAAAUCAGGCCACUUAAGCAUGGCACAUAUUCUAUUAUUCUUGAGUCUUAAGGCUAAGUUAUUUGUGAGAAACUAGAGAUGUACAUGCUUGGAGAGACUAUGCUUUCUAUUUGCAUCACUAUCAGCUUUCUAGCUAUCACCACUCACUUGUUUUCAGUAUCUAGAUUCAGUGUCUAUAUUACUCAUAAGCUUGUACCUCUUCUACUAAUGCUUAAAUCUGUUUUAACAACCUUGACUGCAGCAGAGUACGGAUUAUGCACGAGCCUUUCCAAUGGUUUGAACUUACAAAUAGAUCAAACUCUUAGCACUCUUGUUACGAUAUUUAACACUUUAUUGAAUUCAUACAUCCUUAGUCAGGUAAUGGGCUUUAAAUACCUUAGGGAAAAUCUAGAACCCAUGCAAACGAAGUAGUUAUUCAUGCUAACAAUCUCAGCAUACUUUGUUUUCUCACUUCAAAACAUCCAAAUGAUCUUCGACCGAAUGUCUAUUCUUGGAGCAGUAGUUACUCUCGCUUUUUACAGGCAUAUGAUCAAGAUUGUGUUCUUUAACAAGCAGAAUACUGAAAGGCAAAUAAAUAACUACCUUACAUUAACCUCUUUAUCACCAACUAAUCCAAAUUAUGAAAUAUUGAUGAUCAAAUCCAGGCAGGCAAGAAAUGAGAGCAUAAUAGCAGUACUAUUCUUUAUGCUUAAAUUUAUGUUAGUAAUUGACGGUCUAGCUAAGUUGAAUUAAAAGGAUGACAGGGUUUAUAAAGCCUACAAAUAACUAGGAGUAGAUAUCCUAGAUUACUUAGCCUUGUUCUUCACAUAUUGGAAUCUAAAGCCUUUAAGAAAUGAUGCUAGAUUUGAAAUAUCUGACGUAUUUAUUAAUAUAUUAAUAACUCUCUGUAGAAUGCCAGAAAUAUGGGACUAGAAUUAGUAAGCCCAACGCGAUUGGCAAAGAAUUAUCAAUGUCAGAUUUCUAUAACUGAUUUUGAAAGUGAUGAAUCACUUACUAGGAAUUUGA